AGAGUGGAAUCAGCUAGAAUCAGUACUUCCGGGUUGCUUCCAGAUUUCAUACUUCGACACAACAGUUCAUACCUUCAGUGCUCUGUUUACAGUCAGUGGCACCAUGAUCGUCGAGUUUCUAUCCCUCCACGCUAGCCUGUGUGUUGUAGGAAUCAUCUUGUCUAUCUACGCUUUACACGUGGAGUUGGAGAAGGAGAAGAACAAGAGCUAUGUGGCGUUCUGUGACUUCAGUGACCGAGUGAGCUGUACCAAGGCCUUCAGUUCAUAUUAUGGCAAAGGGUUUGGACUACUCCAACACAUCGUAGGGGAGGACAGCAUCCUGAUUCAGCCUAACAGUGUACUGGGAAUCAUCUUCUAUGUGCUUCAACUUGUGCUGGGAUAUGUCGGCGGCUCCGUGUGUGUUCAUCUCCUGUUCUACACAUCCCUCCUGUCCUGUCUGGGGUGUGUGUGGCUGUCGUAUGUUCUCUACUUCAUUCUGAAGGACACCUGUGUGGUCUGCAUCUCUACAUAUGUGGUCAAUUUUGCCAUCAUGUUCGUCAACUAUCAAACUUUCAUUACCUUAUAAAUCUGGAGUAUUAGUUUAUAUAAAAUAUACCUUACAGUCAUAGGAUGGAGUGUAGAACAAAGAGAGAUAUGUGGGAAGAUAAUUAAGAAAAUCAGAUAUAUGUACCAUCCCUUUAAGAACUAAUAAACCCAUUAUUUAGAAUACAAGGUAAAUUUCAUGUAGAGGUCAUCAUUUGUUGCCAUAUCUCCACAAAGGUUUAGGUUUAAUAUGAAACAAAUCUGAAUUCCAUCUGGUUGCCAAACUAGAGUGAAAAUAAAUGGGAUCUAAUACCUUGUUUAUUUAUUUGCAUUAUAAAGCCAUUUAUGUACAAAACAUAUAAAGAUUUGUCAUCCAAUAUUUUAAGUUUGAAUAUCUGUAUUCUUUUGUUGUUCCUCUUGUACUUUGUUGUAACUUUGGAUAUAGGUCUUUGAAAUGCAAUGCAUGUAUAGUCGCCACAUACAUGAAGGAUACUUGUACUUGUAAAGAUCAGAACAUGAAAAACUACAGAAAAGGGUAACCUGGAGUUUUCUUGUUCUUCAUGCAAAUGUGAAGCCUUAUAAUUGUGGCUGUUUAAAGAGCGUUCUAAUGUUGACAAGAUUGUUUACUGCUCUAUAACUGUUAUAGUAUUUUAUAUGUAAAUAAACCAAUUUUGUAUUCAAAGA